AUGUUCACGAUUCGACGGUUUUUGAGCUACAGAAGUUUCAACCACAAAGCCACGGAGUUUCUGAAGACAAAAUGGGGACAACGAUUUAAAAUUGGAUUGUUGGGUGGAACGAUUAUCGCCUAUCCGCUUGGUGUCAUGGCCUUGAAUGGACCAUUAGUUAAUCUCACGUUUCCAUUGCGACACACUAUCGAAGAAAUGCCACCCUAUUUGGCUCCAAUUUUUAAGGAGGAGUAUACACGGUUCCUCGAUAAAGAAGGCCGUAGAAGUGAAGACGCGGUAGUCCGAAUGGAGAUGCUUAGCAAAGCAGAAGACCAAGAUACUGUUUACGCGGGAACUCUUGGCAUACGAACUGGAUUGCGACUUGCGGUUCCAUUCUUUGCACGAUUUCGAACGCUUGAAGACGCUAUUGGAUUUUUAAAAUCAAAUUAUCCAAAUGGUUUCCCUCAACUCGGAGAAAAUAUUGUAAUUGAUUGGGAUUCGAAACUUGGACGUUUACUUGCAGAAACAUUCGUCUUAAGUGAGCAAGCCUGGAGAUUUGUGUUUUUGCGAGAUCUCUAUGCUCAUGACGGAUAUGCAGCGCUAGGGCAAAGCGCUCUCACAUGGGCCACAUUUACUAGUUUCAGCGGCAUCUUUACUUUUUGGAUGCAUCGCGCGUCCAAUAUGUUUAAAGGCUCUUUUAUGUCGUUUAUUGGAUUUUACAUUGGCUUCACGGGAGCAGCAGCCUUUGGAAGCAGGCAUUGGCAUUUGCUCUACAGGUACUUAACGGAUAUUUAUGCUGAUUCAACUGCAUCACGCGUAUCACCUGAACAUUCGGCUGGUGGAAGAGAAUAUUACUUCAAAUGGCUAAAACGAAACAGGAUAUUGAGAGAAAUUUAUUCGCCACUCUACACCAAAGUAACGUUAUCUGGUGAUGUUCGAGGAAUUGCCACACAAAUCAUUAUCAGAUAUGAUCACUUGAAAGACGUCGAUGAGGAAGAUGAUGCGAUGAGCGAAGUGUUUCGUGGAGACUUU